AUGCCAGUCACCAGAACAGCUGCCACCGCUUCUAAAGCAACGCUUUUCAAAUCCCUUCACCACACCCCAACCAAACCUCUGCUCCUCGCCAACGCCUACGAUGCCACCUCAGCCCGCAUCAUCGCCUCUCUCCCGGGAUGCAGAGCCCUAGCGACAGCCUCCUACGCACUGGCAUUAUCCAUAGGCAAAGCCGAUGAAACACUCACGUUGGAAGACAACAUCUCUCUUUGCCGUCCCAUCGCUGCCGUAGCUCACGAGUUCAACCUACCAUUGACAGUGGAUAUCCAAGAUGGCUAUGCCGGGCCAGGAGACUAUGCAGAACUGAGAUCUGUCAUUGAAAAGGUGAUACUCGAACUUGGAGCUGUGGGUGUGAACCUGGAGGAUUCCUGGCAUGAAAGCACCUCUGGGGAUAUGGUACCGGAGGAUGAGGCGAUCGAGAGGAUCAAGACUGUUAUUAGGACGGCAAGAGAGCUUGGGGUGGUGGACUUUGUGGUGAAUGCUAGGUCGGAUACAUUCUUGAUGGGUGGGAGCUUGGACGAGUCGAUUAGAUGUGGGAAGAGGUAUCUUUAUGAGGGAGGGGCAGAGACUGUGUUUAUUUUCUGGCCGAGGAACAAGGAGAUGGAGAAGGCCGAUGUUCAAAAGGUGAUUGACGAGCUAGGGGGGAGGGUGAAUGUGAGUUGCCGGCUCGGAGGCCAGUUGACCACGGGGGAGCUGGGGGAGAUGGGGGCGGCGAGGGUGAGUGUCGGGCCGCAGGUGUUUUUGGCUGCGGCGGAGGCGAUCAAGAAGGCGGCGGGGGCGGUGUUUGAGAAUUGA